CACCAACUGCAUCCUCAAGUUUGCAUUGCAUUCCCUCUCACCCAUCCAGUCCCAAUGACCACGGCCAACCCCGAGUCAUCCGAAACGUCGGUCGUGACCCUUGGCGAGCCCAAGCCCGAGGAGCCCCAGGCCGGCUCCAGCGAGGAAAACGAAAUCGAGGCGCACCCAGUUAUCGAGCUGAAGGGCGCCCGCUUCGCCCUGGUCUUUGUUGGCCUUGCCCUGGCCAUCUUCCUCGCCGCCCUGGACCAAACCAUCGUCUCCACAGCCAUUCCCAAGAUUGCCGCCGAGUUCUCGGACUUCCAGCGCAUUCCAUGGAUCGGAACGGCCUUCCUCCUCACCACGGCCGCCUUCUCGCCCACAUACGGAAAGCUCUCUGAUAUCUUCGGCCGUCGCUCCACCUUCUUGUUUGCUGUCAUCACAUUCGAGGUUGGAAGCGCCAUCUGCGGUGCCGCAGCGACCUUGGACAUGCUGAUUGUCGGUCGCGCCAUCGCCGGUGUUGGUGGUGGCGGUAUCUUCAAUCUGGUCCUGAUCAUCAUCUCGGAUCUCGUCGAGUUCCGUGACCGUGGAAAGUACCAAGGCAUGAUCGGCGCUGUCUUUGGCCUCGCUUCUGUCAUCGGUCCUCUGCUUGGCGGUCUCUUCACCGACCACCUCACCUGGCGCUGGUGUUUCUACAUCAACCUGCCCGUCGGCCUGAUCACCGUCAUCGCUGCUCUUCUCUUCCUCAACUUCCCACACACCAAGGGUUCCAUCACCGAGAAGCUCAAGCGAAUCGACUACCUCGGCUCCAUCGUGCUCAUGGGUGCCAUCGUCUGCAUCCUGUUGCCGCUUCAGUCCGGCGGCAAUGUCUGGAACUGGAACGACCCCCAGACCAUUGCCCUAUUCAUCGUCGGCGGUGUCCUGGCCAUCGCCUUUGUCGUCAUCGAAGUCAAGUUUGCCGUCGAGCCCGUCGUCCCUCCCAAGGUCUUUGUGAACAGAAGCAUCAUCCUGAUCUAUGGCCUUGCUGCCUUCUUUGGUGCCUCUUUCAUCUCGCUCGUCUUCUACCUGCCAACCUUUUUCCAGGUGGCUCUUGGAAAGAGCGCCACCGAUUCGGGCAUUGCCAUGUUCCCGCUCGUCAUUGGUGUCGUUGUCUGUAGUAUUGGAAGUGGUCUCCUCGUCUCCAAGACCGGCUACUACACCUACUUUUUCUACAUUGGCUUCAUCCUCAUGGGCGUUGGCACGUAUUUGUGCUCGCUCUUGGACAUAAACUCCUCGAACGGCGCCCUUAUCGGCUUCCUGCUCAUCACCGGCAUGGGCGUCGGCUCGGUUGUCCAGAUCCGUGUCCUCGCAGCCCAGGCCAGCGUCAACAAGUCUCUGAUUGCGAUUGCAACCUCGCUGGUCAACUUUUGCCAGACCCUUGGAGGCUGCUUUGGUCUUGCCAUCACUGGUGCCAUUUUCAACAACCAGAUUACUUCGCAGCUCCAGGGUACCAAUCUCCCGCCCCAGCUGGUCACCGCGAUCGAAGCCUCUCCUCAGGCGAUCGUUGCUCUCCAGUCCAGCCCUGCCCUGCACACCAUCGCCGUUAAUGCCUUUGUGGGCGCAUUCUCUCUCACGCUCAAGUACGUCAUUCCCUUCAUCGGCGUUGCGCUGCUGCUCUCCCUGGGCGUCAAGCAGUACCACCACCCCAAGAAAGAUGCCACCAAAGAACCAGAGGCCGUGGUCACGACCAACGAGCCUGCCAAGCCGUCUCUUGCCGUCUAAGACCAAAGCAUAUCCGCCAAGUCUGCUGCUUUUGCGUUUUGCGUUUUGUGCUUUGCGUUUUGUGCUUUGCGUCUUCCUUCCUUUUCCCCAUCUCUUUCUCUCACCACUCUCACGACUUUGUUCCUGGCCAAAAUGAUACCCCGCUCUGCGGGCAGCUGAAUACACGCACAUCUCCACC